UGCAACCAAAGCACAAACUAGCCAGCAACAGGAGCUUCUUGGCUGAGGAGUGACCGAGCGAGUAAGAAGGCAAGAUGUGCAUGGACCGAGCUGCCGUGCCGGUGAAGAGGGUCUGGCUCGGCAUCGCCGCUCGCCUCGGCCUCCGGCGAACCAGCGGGCUGAGAAAGCUGAAGAAGGAGGUGAGGACGUGCGAGUACCACGACGUGCACGUCAUGUGGGAGAUGCUGCGGACGACGGACGCGCCGCUGCCGAUGGCGGAGAAGGAGGCAGCCGCCGCCGCGGCCGUCGCGGCGGCCGCCGGCGCCAGGAGGAGGAAGGCGGCGUGGAGACGGUUCCUCUACUACUGCUGCGCGUUCUAAGCUAGCCUCAGGGGAUCGAUCAAGAUCACCAAAGAUGAUCAAAGACUGCUUGGUUUCUGGCCUCUCGCCGCCUCGGUUCUUCCCAGCUCGGACUCGAUCUCGUCGGCUCCCGGCGAGCUUCGAAGGAAGCUCUUCGCGCUCUUGAUUCGAUCGAGGCUGUCCCGGCGAAGUUUGCUCAGACCAAUCGUCCAGGCAAGAGGCGGCGAACCAGAACGAAAUGGUACAUACGCAGAGGCUGCAUGCGAGCGAACUUACAGUAAUAAGUAUAGAGACAGAAAUGAUGAUCAAUUCAUCGCGAGUCGAUCAUCAAUCGAGAUGUAAAAAGUCAAUAAAAACACUUUGGUUUUGAUCUAUGUCAGUGAAAAAAAAAGAUCUCCUCAUCACCAGAGGAUCUUUGUCAGUGAAGGGAUCUUCCACGUUCUCCCAGCUUUUGCAUAGGUUGCUUCUCCUAUUGAAAACCUCGUUGACUAGAGCUGUACAGGUGUACCUGGGGAUACUAUAGCUCGAGUACAACUGGAAACAUCGGAAUGGUGCGUGCGAGCUGCCGAGGAAGACGAAAGAGCACACCUGUUUUUCUUCUCCGCGAGAAGAGGAAGAAAAAAAAAAAGGCAGAGAGAGUGUGUGUGGCGAUCGCUAACCUUCGGAGUUGACGUACUCAUGCCGUUUAGGUCUCAGAAUGAAAACGCUAGCUGGUGGUGUUCUUACUUAGAAGCGACAGCAACUUCAGCUUUAACUUGAGCUGGUUUAUGGCAAAUCCGCGGAGCUGAAGACUGUCUGGAUCCGACGGAAAGAGAGCUGUAAUCAAGUGAGAGAAAAAAAUGUUCAAAACUAUUAUGAACAGUAGCAUAAACUGGCCUCAAGUUUCAGACGAAAGUCUCUACGAUUCGCCGAUGGAUGAGAUAGCCAUACGAAUCAACAUUUUUUCAUGUAAGACUAGUGAUAGGAAUGUGAACGGCUUUCUGAAGCCUUUUAUAGUUUGGAAUUGACUUGCAGCAUUUUUCUGUUUUUGGAUUAGCCAGCCAGCAAUGUACUUUUGGAAUCGUUUU